AAAGCUAUCAAUUUUUUUUUCAUUCCUGUGAUUACUGAGCAGUUGAGUUAAUUAAGAAAACGUACAUAGAGUUCUUUUUUUUUCUAGAAAUAACUUCGUCGAUUAAGUGCCUUCACCGCACACCUAAAUCAAUGCCUUAUAUUAGCUUCAUCGAUAUCUCAGUGUGAGGAAAGAAUACAACACAGAAGUCAGGGAAUCUUAAAUAUGUAGUCUCCUAAAAAAUGGACAAACUAAACAGCGACAAAUGGAGUGACAGGAUGUCUGUCUCCGGACUUCCGGUCAACGACAAGCCGGACGACACAUCCGCGGCCAACAGCACGGCGUCUAGUGGGAUAGGGAGCGGGGUAUCCGUGAAAAGCACAGAUUUGGACAAUCUCUCCGUGGGAUCAGGAGCCACGGGGCUGGGAAAAGUCCUGUCCCUGAGUCUGAAGGGGGAGUGGAUGUUGUUAGAGCAGGUGCUCCGGACGCUGGACAAAGGAAGCCCGGAUGUAUCACAGAGAGAGGAGGAGGGUGGGUUGUCUCCCCUGAUGGUGGCCGUGCGGGAGAACAAGUUGGUGAUCGCUGAACGUCUGCUAGACCUGGGAGCCAACAUUAAUGACCGCGCCCAGGACGGUCGGACUGCUUUACACUAUGCGGCAACAUUUGCCAAAGAUGAUGUGGUCAAAUUACUUAUUAACAGGAAGGCGGAUCAAACGAUACCCGGUGGUCCCAAUGACCAGCUACCCAUCCACAUGGCAGGUGCUCGUCAGAGUGGAGCAAUGUCUGUUGUACAAAUCCUGCUGAAAAACUCCAACAAGGACCUAAGGCUCACUCAAGAUAAAAAUGGUUGCAUCCCUCUAUUUUUGGCGGCGGAGGCAGGUAACACAGCGGUUUGUAAGGAACUACUUUCUCAGUGUGCGGAGUCCCAGCUUCACCUCCAGAGAAAAGUAAAUGGGGACACUGCUCUUCACAUUGCCUGCAGACGAAAAGACAUAGAACUGGCCCGAAUGUUGAUAGAGGCUGGCUCUCCAGUAGACAUAAGGAACGAAGAUGGUCAUACUCCAUUGCACAUCGCUGCGUGGGAGGGAGAUGACGCAAUGGUGAAGUAUCUGUACCAGAUGAAGGCAAAUCCAAAUCUAACCGACAAACUUGACCGCGUGCCUGUCCACAUCGCAGCUGAACGUGGACACACCGCUAUUGUGGACCUUCUGGUGGACAAAUGUAAAGCGUCCAUAUCUGCCCGUACCAAAGACGGAAGCACUCUGAUGCACAUCGCUUCUCAGUACGGCCACCCUGAUACCGCCCUCACGUUUCUUAAGAAAGGAGUACCUCUUCACAUGCCGAACAAGUCUGGUGCCAUUUGUCUACACACAGCGGCAAUGAGGGGACAUACCAAUGUUGUCAGGGCCUUGUUGUCUAAAGGGGCGUCUGUUGAUGCAAAAACAAAGGAUGGAUAUACAGCGCUUCAUCUGGCGGUCGAGUAUGGCAAACCGCAGGUGGUUCAAAUGUUGCUAGGUUACGGUGCACAAGUAGAAUUCAAAGGUGGAAAGGCCGGAGAAACACCUCUCCAUAUCGCUGCCAGGACUAAAGAUGGCGAAAAAUGCGCAGAAAUGUUGUUGAAAAGUGGAGCAGAUGUCAAUGCCGUCAGAGAAAACGGUGAGACUGCUAUGCACAUUGCUGCCAGAAACGGACAACUGAAAAUGGUACAAGCUCUUCUGGAAGAGGGCGGCGACCCAACGGAACAAUCCAAGAGCGGAGAAACUGCACUUCAUGUUGCCGUUCGUCACUGUCACCUGGCCGUCGCUACAGAACUUUUAACUUACGUCAGCAGGACGUCAUCACGGAUAGACGCCGUCAUGUUGGUCAACCAACAGAACUGGGAGGGGGAAACACCAGUGCACUAUGCAGCAGAACUUGUGAAAAGUAUGACGCAUUUUGAGUUUGAAGACACGGACAUAAUGAGGUUACUUCUUCAGUAUGAUGGGGACAAGAAAAUACAGACCAAACUUACACACGAAACUCCUCUGCAUUAUUGUGCACGUGCGGGGAAUGAGGAUAUUUUGCUGGAGAUCGUGAAGCACAUUGGUAAUACUAGCAUCCAGAACGCAGUUAACAAACAAUCUAAGAACGGUUGGUCCCCAUUACUUGUAGCGAGUGAGCAAGGACAUCUUCAGAUUGUAAAAAUCCUUCUCCAAUACCAUGCAAGAGUUGACGUUUUUGAUGAGUACCAUGGAAAAGCAGCGCUCCAUUUAGCGGCAGAAAACGGACAUGAACAAGUUGCCGACGUUCUACUAUGGCAUAAGGCCUUUGUAAAUGCUAAAUCCAAGCUGGGGCUGACACCACUCCAUCUAGCGGCACAGAACGGCUACAAUGAUUUAGUUCGCUUGCUGAUAGAGACACAUAGCGCUGUGAUUGACGCUUUGUCAUUGGCGAAGCAAACUCCAUUACACAUGGCAGCGCAAUGUGGAAAGAUGGAGGUUUGUAACACAUUGUUGAAAAUGAGAGCGGACGCAAACGCUACUGACGUACAUGGACAAACACCGCUCCACCUUGCUGCAGAAAAUGAUCAUUCAGAUGUUGUCAAGUUGUUCCUGAAACAUAGACCAGAGCUCGUCUCCAUGGCAAACACGAAUGGUAUGACAUGUGCCCACAUAGCCGCUGCAAAAGGCAGCGUGGCUGUCAUCCGGGAACUUAUGAAGUUCAAUAAGACCGUUGUAACCACUGCCAGAAACAGGACAAACAACUCCACAGCGCUCCACCUGGCGGCGGCCGGGGGACACAAGGAAGUCGUGGAGGUACUCCUAAAAGCAGGAGCAUCGGCUGCGGAUGAAAACGCGGAUGGAAUGACCGCUAUUCAUCUGAGUGCCAAACACGGUCACGUUAAUAUUCUUGAAGCUUUAGAUAGUCAUAUUAAUUGGAGAACUACCAGCAAAAAAACUGGUCUGAGUGCUAUUCACUGUGCUGCACAUUAUGGACAAGUCGACUUCGUACGAGAAAUGUUGACCAAAGUUCCAGCAACCGUGAAAAGUGAAUACCCUGGGGGAGGGGAUUCUGGAUUGAAGGAUCUCGGGGCAGAGUCUGGUUUGACGCCGCUCCAUCUGGCUGCACAAUCAGGUCAUGAGGGCUUGGUUCGUCUUCUGCUGAAUUCACCUGGCGUCCAAGCAGAUGUGUCCACAAAUUUACAGGGUGCCAUCCCACUCCAUUUAGCAGCACAGGGCGGACAUACGUCAGUCGUUUCCUUGUUGUUAAGCAAAUCAACAUCCCAACUCCAUAUCAAAGAUAAACGAGGAAGAACAGCUCUCCAUUUAGCGGCGGCGAACGGCCAUAUCUUUAUGGUGGCGUUAUUGUUAGGUCAAGGAGCAGAUAUAAAUGCUUGUGACAAGAAUGGCUGGACGGCCCUCCAUUUCUCUGCUAAAGCGGGGUAUCUUAACGUCGUUAAGCUCCUUACAGAGAGUGGUGCAUCUCCCAAGUUUGAAACAAAGGAUGGGAAAGUUCCCAUUUGUUUUGCCGCUGCCGCCAAUCACUCAGAUGUUCUUAGUUUCCUCAUGAGGCGCGACCAUAACACAAAUCAUCUAAUGGAUGAUAAAAAGUUUGUUUUUGACUUGAUGGUAUGUGGAAAAAAUAACCAUAACAGAUGUAUUGAGGAGUUUAUUCUGUUAUCGCCUGCUCCAGUAGACACUGCUGCCAGAUUAUCAAACAACUUCCGGAUUUUGGCUGUUAGGGAGAAGGAAAGGUCACGUGAUUUAACUUCCGCGGGAGAUUAUUGUGAAAACAUGGCGACAGAACUCUUGGCUAUUGCAGCUAGCCCCAAUAGUGCAGGUCAUAUUCUGAAGGCUGUUGAUUGGAACGGAACUCCAUUUCUAGAUGUUCUCAUAGAAAACGAACAAAAAGAGGUAGUUUCACAUCCUGCUGUCCAAAAAUAUCUAACAGAUGUAUGGAUGGGGAAUUUAAAAUGGGCCACCUGGAAAAUUGUGAUGGUUUUCAUGACCUUCCUUCUCAUUCCAGUCAUCUGGCUCAUGUUCUCGUUACCCUUACGUCACCGGUUCAAUCGUGUUCCUAUUAUCAAAUUCAUGGCAUACCUCGUUAGCCAUCUCUACUUAAUGUUAUUAUUUCUUCUGACUGUUGUUUAUCCACGGGCACCCAUCUGGCAGUCUGCUUCCAUGAUUCCUAGCGUCUAUGAAUGGCUCCUGUUGUCAUGGUUAUCAGGACUUCUUGUGUCUGAAUUGACAAAUCCCGGUGACAGAGGAGGACUAGGAUGGGUUAAAGUAAUUUCCAUCGGCAUUAGUGCAAUUGGAGUAUUUUGCCAUGUGUUGGCGUUUGCCUUUGACACAAAUGAGAGACUGUUGCUCAUCUUUAUCCGGAAUUAUUUCUUCGCCUGGGCCCUGUUGAUGUGUUUUGUUCAAUUGUUAGACUUCUUGUCUUUCCAUCAUCUUUUUGGUCCAUGGGCAAUCAUUAUUAGGGAUUUACUGAAAGACCUGACGCGAUUUCUUGUUAUAUUGUUAAUAUUCAUCGCUGGUUUCACCUUGCAUUUACUUGCAAUAUAUCAGCCUGUAUAUGCACCAAAAGUAGUGGACCCAACCCAAGGGCUAGGCGUUGGAAAUGGAGACGCGACAGUAGCUCAAUUUACACUGAUUGAGUCAUUUGGAUUGUUAUUCUUUUCUCUGUUUGGUCUGGUUGAUCCAGAUGGACUUCCCCUUACCAAUCAGAGUCCAGUUUGGGUUGUUUACAUGGCCAAGGUGACCUUUGGGAUUUAUAUGAUGGUAACUUUGAUCGUACUCAUUAAUCUAUUGAUUGCAAUGAUGUCAGACACGUAUCAGCGAAUCCAACAGCAGUCAGACACGGAGUGGAAAUUCGGUCGCGCCAAGCUCAUUCGUAACAUGAACAAGACGUCAGCGACCCCAUCUCCUCUAAAUCUGUUUACUAAGCUUUUCACGUAUUGUCGCGCCAUAUACAAGCAUAAAGGAAAACUGUGUAAUGUGCACGCAGAUGAUUACAUCAGCGAUGAUGACGACAUUGAUGCGUUUUCGGACUCCCGUUCUGUGGAUCUGUUAGCUCACAAUGCAGGGUGGCUAAAAAAUGUUGUCAGAAGAAACACUCAAGUAGCCCCAGAUGGGGGAUUUCUACGAGUUUCACAUCAUGCGAAUGGUCCAUUGAGGUUGGAAGAUGUAGUUGAUUGGCCAAUGGUUGUAAAGAAAUACAAGUCAAUGCAAGGAAUCGAAGAUAUAGGGACUGCUCUCUCUGAUGAGGAGGAAAAUGAGGCAGUGGGUAAAGGCUCUGGGUUUGAUAAAGACAGCGCUCCGAUGACUUAGCAAGGACAAAUCAUGUGACCUGUUUUGAAAAGUGUGCCUUAAGCCAGAUGAUACUGAAUUAUAUAUAUACCUACAUACGCGAAAUUCUGAUUUUAUCUGUUGGCGCCAUUGUAAGAAAUCCUUACUUUAUAAAAUUAAUGCAUCUCUACCCGUCAAAGCUAUAUUAAAACCUUUACAUUUCACAAACAUUGUCUUUCUGGCUGAAAAGGGUAAAUGUUUUUAUUAUUCGUGAUAAAUUCUUCUAUCAUAUUAAAUUAUUACAAUAUG